AUGACUCCCAACGGCAGUGCUGAGGAUGCGGCCAGUCUUGACCUGUCCGCCAUGCCUGUCUGUCUCGGCAGCCUCAACCUCGCCUCCCCAUCUGCCCUCGGCCCCGGUCCGUUGUCCAGCCUUCCGCCCGGCCCGUUGCCGCCCGCAGAUCCCCUCCUCAUGAGCCUCGUCCAUCUGCUUCUCGUAUCUGCCGCCAGCCAGAGGCCCUUCGGCCAACCUCCCUCCCCGGCACCGCCACUUCUGCCCGCCUCAACCAAGACGACGUCGACGUCGGCGCCAAUGCAGACAGUGACCACCGGAGGCGCCUUGACGACCGGCUGCUUCAUCGGCGGUAGUGCCAACUUGCCAUUGAACGCCUGGUUCGGCGGUUGCCAGGCUGGGCUACAAGACACCGUGAAGCCUGUCUCGGUGAGAGAGGAGGAGGAGAACGAGGCUGAUGGCGAAGAGGAGGAGGAGGAAGGGGAAGAGGAAGAGGAGGAGACCAUGGCAACCACGAGUUUGGGCGAUGGGUUUGAGGCGUUCGGAUACCCGAAGCCUGGCGACUGGUCCGCCCACGAUGGCCUCAGGCUGGGCUCUCUGCUCGUCUGCCGAGUGCUGGGGAAUGGCGCUGCUGAGGCCGGGCAGAUGACACCGCCCAUCGGCCCCAUCCAACCGCAGACCUCGCCGAUUACUCGUCACCUCUGCCUCGGCGACGGCCCGUUGGACCGGGCCAAGGUUGCUGCGACUCGGUCCGCCUCGCCGUUGUCAAUGCAUGGACACGUCGACCUGCUGUCGUCACCGUCACUACCAGCCUCGACAUUCCCCUUCCCCGGACCCACCUCGACUGCCGGUUCCCUCCUCCUGCCCCUCCUUCGUCUGCCCGGUCCCCCGGCCCCCCCUCCACUCUCCGACGUCGGACCCGGCUUCUCUCGCAGUCCAGGAAUCGCUUUCAGCCUUGCCGGCCAACCGGAGGCCGGACUACUCCGGCCUCUCGACGGCUACGGCUAUGGCUACGGCAACGGCAACUGCCAAACACCAUUGCUGACUGUGUCUACGAGAUGCGAAGCUGCGAUGCCGUCACCGUCUCGUCUGCUCCCUCCUCCUCCUCCUCCUACUCCUCCUCCUCCUCCUACUCCUCCUUCUUUUCCUCCUCCUCCUACUCCUCCUCCUCCUCCUACUCCUACUCCGCCGCCGCCGCCGCUGCCGCCGUCGUCGUUGCCGGCGUCGACAUCAUCGCCGUCGAUUCGACCGUUUCAGGGCUUUCCAACGCCUCCGGGACAAGGACAGGGGACGGCAGAACGAGUGUUGCUGCCGGCAGGAAGAAAGACGACUGAAGCGUAUCCUUUCGCCUCCGUCUCGGCCCAACUGGCCAAUCUGCCAAGCCAUCUGAAGCACUGGCUCUUUGAGGACAAGGACAGCUGGGUUCGACGCGCCCUGCCCAUGCCCUGGUUCUCCAUCAUAAGUAGGCCAUGUCUGCAGAGCGCUAAUGCUUCCUAA